AUGGGCCGCUGUGUUUACGGCGGAAUCUUUGACUCCGAUAACAACAAUGGUCUUGUCGACGAAAAUGGGUUCCGUACCGACGUGAUUGAGUCGAUGAAAGAACUUCAAGUCCCUAUUGAUGGGGUUGGGCCUAAAGAGAUGCACCCGAAGCGGGUGGAGAUCGCAUGGAAAGGCGUUGAGACCAAUCAUUUUGGAACAGACGAAUUCAUGAAGUGGUGCGGUAUUAUCGGGGCAGAGCCUUACUUGGCCUUGAAUAUGGGCACGGGCACGCUUGAAGAAGCAUUGGGCUGGUUGGAAUACUGUAAUCUUGAUACUGAUACCCAUUAUGCCAAUCUUCGAAGGCAAAAUGGACGUCAGAAGCCGUACGGAGUGAAAUACUGGGCACUAGGAAACGAAGUCUGGGGUCCAUGGCAGGUUGAGCAAUCAUCGAAGGAGGAUUAUGCCAAAAAGGCCUACCAGUGGGGCAAAGCUUUGAAACUACUCGACCCAAUGAUCAAGCUUGUUCUCUGUGGUUAA